ACAUUAUUGUAUUGAUUUCAAUAAUAUUUACACCUCCACUUAAAAAUACCACCUAAUGUUAUAGCUCAUCACAUCUAAUUCGUUACGCUAUAAACUUCAUCAUGACCAACUUCGGAUUCAUUUUCGCACUGAUAUUUCUAUUAAUAACCCUAAAUUCUGUGGAACCAUGUCCAGACAGCCCUCUCGGUCGUCAGUGUGACGAAACCUCUAACCGGUGUCCUGAUUCCUUCACCUGCACUGGUGGAGCCUGCUCCUGCCGAUCUGACCAAGUCGUAUCCGAAGAAAGUUGCAAAUGUGUCAUAAAAGCGGGCAACAUCGGCUGCAUGAUUGCCUCCCAGUGCACCGACGGGGCGUACUGCCGCCAUCCCCACAAAAAGAAUGGGGAGCGUCAAUGGUCACAUUGCGAAUGUUGCAGCGGUCCUCCCGAAGGCAGUAACGGAUUCUGUCCUCCCGACAAAUGCCACGGCUACGGGGCCUAACAUUCCAAUCUGACUAAUCCAUCCAUAGAAUAAAAUAUGACAAUAGAAGAUCAUCCUCUGUCUCUCUAAAGUUUAAAUAUUACGACAAAAGUUAGACAACUGUUUGUAUUUAUUGCAUAUUGCAGACGUUGUAAUAAAUAUGGGAUGAUUGGAAGAAGAAUAAAAAACGGGUUGCGUAAUGGAAAGUGAAAGUAAGAGAAAAAACUGAAAAUGUGAUAUAGCCACGAGCCCCACGCUCAUAAGGUAUUACGACGUUAGCAUGAUUCUCUGGUAACGGACUGGUGCUAUCCAGUCGACUGACUUUCUCUCUCCUUGGACAUUUUAUUUUCUGCUUCAA